AUGGACCUGGGGUUAACCACAUUUUCUGUGGCUGUUGAGGUUCCCUCAGUGGACAAGAGACACCCUUUUGUGAUGGCCCUGGAAAUAGGCAAAGUGGCUUUCUCAUCUUUUAAGGAAACAAAUCGUGUGGAGGAGGCCAUACCUCACCAAAAUGAUCAGCAUGAAAUAGUUGAGACAACAAGCCUUUCAGAGGAACUAUCUAAAGUGCCAUUUAGGCACAGCUACAAUAAACAGUCUGAGCAUUGCAAUGAGGAAGCAUUCAGAGUUGUUGCUGAGGAAGACUCAACAGUUCAACAUACUAUUCCUAAAGAAACGGUUAAUUUACCAGUAUCAGAACCUUCAGAAAUUAUACGAUUGAAAGACCCUAUCCCUGAUGAAGAUACUGAUACACAGGACACUUCUUGUUUGUCUGGAAUUACUUCGGCACUUUCAAAUGCCUAUUCUCGUUAUAAAGUAACUACAGGCAGAAUGAAAAAGUCAUUUGCCAGUGCAGUAUCUUACAUCCAUCCACGCCACCAUGUAGAGGAAUCACUAGCUGAUCCUCACACGACUGUUCCUCAAGAGAAGCAUAAUGAGCAAAUGAAAUAUGCAGUAGAGAAAACAUUCACAAAAGAAGAGUGUUAUGCUUCAACCACUCCAGCACUUUCUUUACAACCAUCUUGGAGACAAGCAGAGGAUGCGUCAAAGACUUCCACUAAUGAGUGCCUUUCUGCACAUUCUACAUCAAACAUUCCUUCAAACAUGCAUCUUGCAGCAGAGAUAUUUGCUUCUGAGACUGGCACUGAGCCAUUAGACCUUGUGUCACAACCAGCUAUGACUGCAGAAUACCUGUCGACAGAAGGCAGUUUUUCAUCUCUCACAAAAGAAAAACCUACAGAAAAAAAUCCUGAUGAAGAGAGCAUUCUAUCUUCUCAAGGAUGGGGAGAACCUACAGAGAAGAUUGCUUCUGAGGACCAUACUCCUUCAUUUCAUUCUGCAAAAGAGUCCUCAGAUAUUAUUCCUUUUGAGGAUUGUGCCCAUUCUUCUCAUUUACAAACAGUUGUCCCAGUAUUGCGGUUUCACAUGGCUACAAGUAAUUAUUCCACUAGAAAAGGAAGAAAUGGCUACAAACUUUCACAUACAGAGAGUUGUUCAAGUUGGGAAACUUACAAUGACUCGGAUGAGUAUUCAUAUUUAAAGGAAAACCCAACAAAUCAGAUUGUACCAAAGGAUGAAGAAUCAGUAUUACAGACGUUACCAACUCCAUCUGAUUAUGUGCCAGAAGAAGAAAAAAGACAUUGUUAUCGAGUCUCCCAUACAGAGAGCUUUUCCAGCUGGGAAUGUUAUGAGGAUUCAGAUGAGGAUUUGUGUCUAAACCAGAACCCAGAAAAUCAGGCUGUGCCAGAGGAUAAAGAGUGCGAGUAUUCUACCAGCUGCAAAACUGAUGUUACAGCUGAUGGGAAUUUAAAUGAAGAUGCAGAGCAGCAACAACAAAGCCCAGAUAAUACAUCCAUGCCAGACAACAGCUCUCAACAACAGAGUCCUCCAAGUAUUACCUCAUACAUUUGGCCUGUCUUCGUGCACUUGAUGAUUUUCUGGUAUAUGGCUGACGAUUACAGUCAGCACAGAAGAGUAUCUGCUGAUAUUGAAAAUGUAAUCCGUCAACUUUUCAAUUUGUGACUUUGAAAUAAAACUAACUUUGGCAUAAAUUCACAUUACAAAUAGUGGAGACAGAGAAUUCAAACUCUGACCUGUACUUUUCACCAGGGAUCACCUGAAAUAAGCUUAUGACUUUUUUUUCAUCACUCCUGAUAACACUAUAAGUACAGAAUUUAAUUUUAAGCAUGUAUAUUCAUUUGGAAUGACAC